AUGUCGUUCGAUGAGUUACGUGCAACUGUGAAAGAGAAGCUAAACCUCCGUGCCUGUAACAUAGGUAUAAAGCUUGGUUAUCAGUAUGCAGAGUGGUUGGAUAUUGAUGAUGGGGACGAAUCAUCGAGGCAGCUCAUAACGAACGACCACGAGGUUGAAGUUUUUGUUCACAUGAGGAGGAAAAUAGAAGAAGUCAAGCUCUGUGUAAUUGUAUCGCUAAACUGUAAUGGGAUCUCUGCACAGUUGCCGAUGUCGGACAAAAUGCAUUAUGCUCCUACAGAAACAGAGGAUGAUGAAGACGGGACAUCUGAAGAUGAAGGCUCUAAAAGUGAUGAGACGUGGCAUGAUUUUGCUAUGUCGGAAACCCCACUCACAUUACCUCCGUCCCUAACCCAAGACAAUGUAGCUGAUGUAGGAUAG